AAACGUCAAAGAAGGCACAUGUGUUUACAACGGAUUCUGUACACGAUCUCGUAAUUCUUUCGCAUUUGUGUGAAUAUUGCUUGCAAAAACUGCUCUGUACCUUUUGUAAAUAUAGUUUCUAGAUAUAUUUCACAAUGCCUAAAUCAAAGCGAGAUAAAAAAGUUUCGCUGACCAAAACGGAACGCAAGGGAUUAUCCAACAAGCAGCAGAUCAUCGAGGACAUUCAGGAAUGUCGGCAGAAGUAUGCAAACAUUUUUCUAUUUUCGGUACAAAACAUGCGGAAUAGCAAGUUGAAGGACAUUCGGGCGGCAUGGAAAAAUUCAAGAUUUUUCUUCGGCAAGAACCGGGUCAUGCAACUGGGCUUAAAUUUUGUCAGCGAUGACGGUGAAGACGAUCCUAAGCUCGGGAAAGAUUUGGAGCAGCUGCGGGAACAGAUGGUUGGUCAGUGCGGUUUGCUGUUCACAUCGGAAACAAAGGAAACGGUGCUCGAUUGGUUCGAUUCAUACUCAGCCGAUGAGUUUGCUCGGAGCGGGUUCCAGGCGACAAAGACUGUCCGUUUGAAGGAGGGUCCUCUGGAGGAAUUUUCGCAUGCCAUCGAACCACAUCUUCGUUCACUGGGAAUGCCUACCAAGCUAGAACGGGGAAUUGUUACACUGUAUAAGGAUUUUACCGUUUGUGAGAAAGGAAAGCUUUUAACGCCGGAACAGGCCAGGAUUUUGAAAUUGCUGGGCAAACCGUUGGCCAAAUUCAAGGUUGUGGUAAAUUGUUGCUACACCAAGCAGAAUGGCUUCGAGGAGAUAAACAAGCGAGACAUUGAGGUAACGAAGAAAACGAAAAAAGUGUUAGUUAAGAAGUCUGCUAAACAGUCUGCGGAAGACGAUGAAGAUGAUAUGAGUCAAGAUGACGAAGAUGAUGAUAUGAGUCAAGAUGAGGAAGAAGAUGAUGAUAUGGAGCAGGAUGAGGACGAAAGCGACGAAGACGAAUCCUAGUGUGUUAAGUUUAAUAAAAAUGUUUGUAAGAUAAAUUAA